CUAUGUUUUGUUCUUUUGCCAUCUGUUAAGAAUGAUUUUUCGCUAUAUAAACCACAUGCUACCAACUUCUACAGUAACAGUUCACUCGUCAACGCAGUUGAAAACUAUUCGUUAAACCUAUCCUUCGCAGGAAUCCUUAAAUCAAUAAUCAUGAAGUGCAUCGCAGCUGUAGUCAUGAUGGCCAUCGCCCUGACCGUUGUUGAAGGAUCCGCGUACAGCUACGCCCCAGCGCUGGCUUACUCCCUACCGUACGCCCAUCAAUAUGCCGCCGCUCCCUGGGGAUACGCUGCCCCCUGGGAACAACUUGCUUACACUGCCGCCGCUUAUCCAACCGCUUACUAUCACCAGCCCGCUGUUCCCGUCGUGCUAGCCCAGAAGGAAGCUCGGUAUCUGGCCGCCAACCGUGGUGCCAUUCACGAUGCUCCCCUUCCCGGACAUGCCAUCUCCCAGCAGUCGCUUAACUUGGAGCCGGCGCCGGGAACGCUGUAAGUUUGUAGGAGUAACCAAAAAGGCAAUCGUGAUACACAUAAAUUUAAAUACAUAAAUUGUUCGAACUGAA